CAAAGAGUCAAUGCGAUUAAUUUCAGUAAAGGAAGGAAAGGAAAUCGCCGAUCCCGGGAUUUAGGGGCUUAUUCCUGAUCUGUUGUCUAGUGCUAUCCUAUUUUGAGCGAUAUGUUGCCGAUUGAUCCGCGUUCUCGUAGAUGCCUUUGAUAUACAUACCUGCACCUUCCAGGGACAGUGAUGACCAGGCUGAAACCGCAGAAACCGAGAAAAAUGAACCAAGCCACGGAAGCGGUUGAGAAAGGAGAUGUUCUGUCUGACUGGGUCAAGGAUCCUGACAACGCUAAGAACUGGUCAACCGCAAAGAAGCUUUACAACACUGCCAUCCCUGCGGUCUUGUGCUUUUUGAUCUCCUUUACUCUUGCUAUCUAUUCCCCUUCGCACGAACAUGUCCAAAAUGACUUCAAGACGACUACUGUGCUAUCUUUACUGCCAUUCACCCUCUACGUGUAUGGGCUUGCCUUUGGCCCUGCGGUGUCAGCGCCGCUCAGUGAAACAUUUGGUCGCAGAUUCAUCUAUAUUUGUAUGACGCCGAUCGCAUUGCUGUUUGUCUUGGGUGCGAGUUUUGCACAGAACCUUGCUGCACUUGCUGUCUGUCGACUCCUAGCCGGCAUCAUGAUCUCCGCACCCCUCGCCGUGGGCGCUGGCACAAUGAUGGACAUGUGGACAGGGAUAAACACCAACCGGGGAGUCGUCUUAAUUAUGACUAUUGCAUUUCUCGGACCGGCUGUUGGAGAGUUAGUUGGCGGCUGGGUCGCCCAAUUCCUGAAAUGGCAGUGGUCGCAGUGGCUCAGUUUAUGCCUGGGCGCAGCACUGUGGAUCUUCGCUAUGGGUGCCCAAGAGACUUAUGCAGGGCCAGUAAUGCGCCGCAAAGCGAAGAAGCUGGGAUUGCCCAUUCCCCCGUCACCUAUCCCGCCUGGCCUGGCAGGUGCCCGUUUUCUAGUCACGGUGACUUUGGCGAGGCCUCUGUAUAUGUUGGUCCGUGAGCCCAUAGUCCUGCUGUGCUCGCUCUACUCGUCCUUGAACUUCUCUGUUCUUUUCUGCUUUUUGGCGGCCAUCCCACUUAUAUAUGGCGAUACCUAUGGAUUUACACCUGGUGAAAGUGGACUGGUAUUGAUCGGUAUCACUGUAGGGUGUUCUCUUGGAGGAAUUACCAUUGCGCUUCUCGACUCGUACACUCUGAAGCGACAUGUCCGCAAACGCGGAGCCGAGGCACCACCGCCGGAGCGCAUGCUCUGGGGAGCAAUGAUAGGAGGCCCUCUGAUGGCUAGUGCCUUAUUCUGGUUUGCAUGGACAGCCCGACCAGGAAUUCAUUUCAUGUCUAGCAUUGUGGCGACAGGACUUUUUGGUUAUUCCAACAUUCUGGUAUUUGUCUCAACAAUGCUUUACUUGACCAAUGUUUAUGGUGCCCAAUUUGGAGCGUCAGCCCUGGCAGCGAACGGAUUGCUACGUUACCUCGUCGGGGGCUCCUUUCCUCUUUUUACAAUCCCCAUGUAUAAAAACUUGACAUACCCCUGGGCGUCAAGUUUGCUUGCAUUUCUAGCCGUCGGAUUUGCCUUUCUACCAUGGAUCUUUUACAUCUUUGGUAGUAAAGUCCGUAGCACUAGUGCCUAUAUCAAGUAA